AAAACUAACCCCCAAAAAGACACAGAUGCUACACCACUUACCCACCAUGACCCAAAGCAUGUAAAAUCACAACAAAAAUUGCCAACAACUCCAAAUUUUCCAGCCAAUAAGCUUACUCAGCAAUCGUCAAAAGAAGUUUUCCAUUUUGAAUUUUUUUUUUAUGCAAACGUACCUUGGGUCGCAGUAAAUGACUUCCUUUGUCAGAUUAACUUCAAAUUCGAAGUUGUUCAAUACAUGCAUCAUUCACUACAGGAUUGGAUCUGUGCCUUUUUUAUGAAACCUCAUCGGCUAGAUGUGUUGUUACGGUGCCUGUGAAGUCCUAGACUGAAGUCUUACUUACACUGGCUGUCCAUCGUAAUUUUGUACAAGGCGAAGUGAAACCAAAAACAUAAGGCGGAAGAAGACAAAGCAAAUUCGAAGUCGCAGAACAUAGCUACCAAAGGACGACUCCUCGUGUAUUCCUCCUCCUUUUCUCUCCUUGCUGUUCCUCUCUCUCUCUCUCUCUCUCUCUCUCAAUAUCUGUGUUCAGUUUUGCUUUCUUCUGCUGUUCAUGUCUGUUUCAUGGCCGUAUUCUUUCCCCUCUUCAUCUCUCUUUUUCCACCCAUCUCCUCCUUCUUAUUGCUUCUUCUCUUGCCCUCUUCCUCCCUCUUGACCAAAAUCUUUUAUAGGUUUGGGAUACAAUUCAUGGGGACAGUCAUGAGUUUCUUCAUCGUCCCGGUGAAAUCAACUAAAAAAACUGCGAAUAAAAUUGAAUAUCGCAAGUUAGGGUUUCAACUGGGUUGAACAUCUCAUGACUCUGCACGUAACUCGGAAUGGAAAAGGUAGUACUAAGAAGCUUUAGCAGUCUGGCUAAAAUUUCUGGCGCCAUCGUAUCUAUAUCAGGAGCACUUGUGGUGAUUCUGUACAAGGGCCCAACUAUAGUGAAGAGCUCAUCACCAUCCAAAUUGUUUUAUCAACAGGGGUCAUUUCAAUCAGAUUGGAUUAUGGGUGGUAUUCUUUUUUCUGCCGAGUAUCUGGUAGUCUCUAUUUGGUAUAUUGCUCAGGCCCAAACAGUGAAAAAGUACCCGGCGGAACAACUUGUAACGUCUCUGUACAACUUAUCUGUGGCCAUCAUAGCUCUACCAGUGGCAUAUGUUUUGGAACCAAACGGCAGUACAUGGGAAAUAAGUACAAGAAUGAUGGUGAUAGCCAUUUUAAUUGCAGGACUAUUUGGAUUAUCCUUCUCUGUCGCCUUUGUCACAUGGACCCUACGCUUGAAAGGGGCCGUCUAUGUAGCACUAUUUACGCCAUUGUCAAUUGUCACUUCUGCAAUUAUGAGUAUGAUUUUCUUAGGUGAUUCUUUAUAUCUCGGGAGUGUUGUUGGUGCGAUAAUAGUAUCCUUUGGAUUUUAUGUGAGCUUGUGGGGAAAAGCAAAAGAAGAAACGCCAGACUUGGGAAUUAGUAGUAGCCUGGAAUCACAAUCCCCAGAAAAUGAGGAUCACAUGUUUUAUUGUAUUGAUGUACAAAACUCGGUGGGUAGCCCUAUUGCAGACCCUAGACUUAUUGUAGAAGGUCAGCUGCAGGGCAGCUCUACCAGUGGCAUAUGUUUUGGAACCAAACGGCAGUACAUGGGAAAUAAGUACAAGAAUGAUGGUGAUAGCCAUUUUAAUUGCAGUAAGAGCCUGAAGGCCCAAACAGUGAAGAAGUACCCGGCGGAACAACUUGUAACGUCUCUGUACAACUUAUCUGUGGCCAUCAUAGCUCUACCAGUGGCUUAUGUUUUGGAACCAAACGGCAGUACAUGGGAAAUAAGUACAAGAAUGAUGGUGAUAGCCAUUUUAAUUGCAGGACUAUUUGGAUUAUCCUUCUCUGUCGCCUUUGUCACAUGGACCCUACGCUUGAAAGGGGCCGUCUAUGUAGCACUAUUUACGCCAUUGUCAAUUGUCACUUCUGCAAUUAUGAGUAUAAUUUUCUUAGGUGAUUCUUUAUAUCUCGGGAGUGUUGUUGGUGCGAUAAUAGUAUCCUUUGGAUUUUAUGUGAGCUUGUGGGGAAAAGCAAAAGAAGAAACGCCAGACUUGGGAAUUAGUAGUAGCUUGGAAUCACAAUCCCCAGAAAAUGUUCCUCUGUUGCAGUGA